AUGGCGCCAUGGCAGCCUCUUGAAAGCGCUUCCAACAUACACUCCACCUCCCAACAUCAAUAUCAUGCCCUCCUUUCUCGAAACCUUCAGCAUCCAACUCACACUCAGGCCGUCACAUUGGGUGUCAUUGCGGGAUAUGUCGUCGCAAUCGCCAUCCUCUGGAAUGUGCCCUACCUUCGCAUGAUCUUGUGGCCGUUCAAAAUGCUCGUCAUCGCAUUUCAUGAAUUUGGCCACGCCAUCACCGCCAUCCUCACCGGCGGCCACGUCAAAUCAAUCUCUCUCGACCCCCAUGAAGGUGGCGUCACUCACCUCACCGGCGGCAUCAGCGCCAUCACCCUACCCGCGGGCUAUCUCGGCUCCUCCAUCAUCGGCGCACUGCUCACCAUGUGCGGCUUCGACAUCGUCGCCAGCAAAGUCGCCAGCAUCGUCCUGGGAGUGUGUUUCCUUCUGACCCUCUGGUGGGGGAAACGCGAUUGGCUGACCAUCAUGACCAUCCUGCUUGCUGUUGGACUGCUGAUUGGAAGUUGGUUUAUCGUUCAUGCUGAGGCGUUGCGCUUUAUUGUACUGUUCAUCGGUGUCAUGAGUUCGUUGUAUAGCGUGUGGGACAUUUGUGACGAUUUGAUCCUUCGAAAGGUUAAUGAGUCGGACGCGAGCGUCUUUGCCAAGCGGUACGGCGGCUCGUCGCAGUGCUGGGGCGUCAUCUGGUCCAUCAUUUCAGUGCUCUUCAUGGCUGUGGGCAUCAUCAUAGGGUUGGCCGCUUUUUCGCAGUCGUUUGCGCAGCAGGAGGAGGAUUCCAAGCACUUCAUCCCUACGUAG